GAGAGAAGCAACAGGAAGUGAUCGCUUCAAGCUGAGCUGCUGUGGCGUAGAGACGCUGCGACAUGGGAAGGAAAGACAAGUCGGACAGGGACAAGAAGAAGUCCAAGAAGCGUCAUUAUGAUGAUGAGGAGGAUGAAGAGGAUGAGGGGCCAGGCGGUGAAUACCAAGAAGCCGUUCCUUCUGCUGCAGGCAAGCAGGUGGAUGAAGAUGGCACCAAGCACGAUGAAUACGGAGCCAAAGAUUACAGACUGCAAAUGCCCCUUAAGGCAGACCAUGCGUCCCGGCCACUGUGGGUGGCCCCUGAUGGUCACAUCUUCCUCGAAGCCUUCUCUCCCGUGUACAAAUAUGCUCAAGAUUUCUUGGUAGCCAUCUCUGAGCCCGUAUGCAGACCCGUCCACGUCCACGAAUAUAAACUAACUGCUUAUUCUUUAUAUGCUGCUGUCAGCGUGGGGCUGCAGACCAGCGAUAUCAUCGAGUAUUUGCAGAAACUGAGCAAAACCGGUGUGCCAGAUGGCAUCGUGCAGUUUAUUAAGCUCUGCACGGUCAGUUAUGGAAAAGUGAAGCUUGUUUUGAAACACAACAGGUACUUUGUGGAGAGCGCGCAUCCAGAGGUUAUUCAGGAACUUCUCCAAGAUUUGGUAAUCCGAAGCUGCAGACUGCGGAACGCAGAGGGGGAGGAAACAGAGCUCAUCACGGAAACUUUUACCAGCAAGUCUGCGAUUUCCAAGGCGAAUGAAGCAGCCGGGGGUCCUUCAACCUCGCAGAAUCCCGAGUCUCAGGACAAGCCAGAUGUGCCUUCUGACCUGUUCGAGUUUUAUGAACAAAUGGACAAAGAGGAGGAGGAGGAGGAGGAAGAAACCCAGACUGUAUCCUUUGAGGUCAAACAGGAAAAAAUAGAAGAUCUUCAGAAGCAAUGUAUUCAUCUGGAAUACCCUCUGCUGGCAGAAUACGACUUCAGAAAUGACACGAUGAAUCCUGACAUUAACAUUGACCUGAAGCCCACAGCUGUCCUGCGCCCAUACCAGGAGAAGAGUCUGCGCAAGAUGUUCGGGAACGGACGUGCCCGCUCUGGGGUCAUAGUGCUUCCCUGCGGUGCCGGAAAGUCGUUGGUCGGUGUUACCGCUGCGUGUACGGUUCGGAAGCGCUGCCUGGUCCUGGGAAACUCUGCUGUGUCUGUAGAACAGUGGAAAGCCCAGUUUAAGAUGUGGUCGACCAUCGAUGACAGUCAGAUCUGCCGCUUCACGUCGGACGCGAAGGACAAGCCGAUAGGAUGCUCCAUCGCAAUCAGCACGUACUCCAUGCUGGGACACACGACGAAGCGGUCCUGGGAGGCUGAGCGUGUGAUGGAUUGGCUGCGAAGCCAGGAGUGGGGGCUGAUGAUACUGGAUGAAGUGCACACCAUUCCAGCCAAGAUGUUCCGUAGAGUCCUGACUAUAGUCCAAGCUCAUUGCAAGCUGGGUCUCACGGCGACGCUCGUCAGGGAGGACGAUAAAAUCGUUGAUUUGAAUUUCCUGAUUGGUCCAAAACUGUAUGAAGCCAACUGGAUGGAGCUGCAGAAUAAUGGCUACAUAGCCAAGGUGCAGUGCGCAGAGGUCUGGUGCCCGAUGUCUCCGGAGUUCUACAGAGAAUACGUCGCCAUCAAAACAAAGAAGCGCAUUCUGUUAUACACCAUGAACCCCAAUAAAUUCCGAGCGUGCCAGUUCCUGAUUAAGUUCCACGAGAGAAGGAAUGACAAGAUCAUUGUGUUUGCGGACAAUGUCUUUGCGCUGAAGGAGUACGCCAUCAGGCUUAACAAACCUUACAUCUACGGCCCGACGUCUCAAGGGGAGAGAAUGCAGAUUCUGCAAAACUUCAAACACAACCCAAAAAUCAACACAAUCUUUAUCUCUAAGGUGGGAGACACGUCCUUCGAUUUGCCCGAAGCCAAUGUGCUCAUUCAGAUCUCGUCGCAUGGUGGGUCUCGGAGACAGGAGGCCCAGCGUCUCGGAAGAGUUCUGAGAGCAAAGAAAGGCAUGGUGGCGGAAGAAUACAACGCCUUCUUCUACUCCCUGGUGUCUCAGGACACUCAAGAAAUGGCCUAUUCCACCAAAAGGCAGAGGUUCCUGGUGGAUCAGGGCUACAGCUUUAAGGUCAUCACAAAACUCGCAGGGAUGGAGGAGGAAGAUCUGGCCUUUUCUACCAGGGAGGACCAGCAGCAACUUCUUCAGAAGGUCCUUGCCGCCUCUGACCUCGAUGCCGAGGAGGAGGUGGUGGCCGGAGAGUUUGGAUCCAAAUCUUCUACCCACGUGGCACGACGCGUGGGCACAAUGAGUUCCAUGUCGGGUGCAGAUGAUACGGUUUACAUGGAGUACCAUGCGCCCCGGAACAAGGGUUCUGCAAACAAACACGUGCACCCCCUCUUCAAACGCUUCAGGAAAUGAGCCCGUUAUUACUCGUGCUGUCCAUCCCGUCGGCGCCGGACGCUCUCCAUAAAUCGCUAUGGAAUUACGGCGCAGCCCGGGGGCUCUGUUGAUAUAAAAACGUGACGCGUUUCAUGGCUAAGCCAUGGCUUAUAGUUUCUUAAAGGAAAAGUAUAAGAAGAAUCCGCCGUUCGAUGCGACAUUUUUCUAAUGUACAGAAUUUCCUUUUACUGCUGCUUGAAUAAGUUUAUUUAUUCAAAAGUGUAGAUAUCAUACAUUUACAAAAUCUAUUCCAGAAAGGAAUACAAAGUUUGUUUUUUCUUUUCUUAAUUGAUUUACCCCUCCCCCAUUU